GGCCAUUGCACACGUCAAUCAUGGUGUCCUUGCCACCCACUUCCGCCUGUCAUCAAACGCUGAAUUGAACUGUCCUCGAUUGUUUACGUUCGGGGCACACUGAUUGGCUUCACAGUGCCCUAUUUUGGCUCCUUGCGAUGGUUGGAGGGGAUCCAGACUUGGGGGCUCGCUGCUUUCAACAUGACUCUUGACUGACUGUCCACACGAUGAACAGCGAGGAGGAGUUUUACGACGCCGAGACAGGGCUCGAGUCGGAUGAUUCCUUGGAGGUUAGUUUCCAGGACGCUCUGGUGUUCGAUAGCAGCAACCAGGUCACCGAUGGCUCCGCUGCAGAGUAUAAUGGAGUGUGGCAGCGUAGAAAAACCCUGCCUGCGGAAAUGAUCACCAGAAGCAAUCUCAGUGUGACAAGCAUACUGAAAAAAUGCAUCGGGAUGGAGCUGUCCAAAAUAGCCAUGCCAAUUGUGUUUAAUGAGCCACUGAGCUUCCUCCAGAGACUCUCGGAGUACAUGGAACAUACUCAUCUUAUCCACAGAGCCUGCACAUUGCCUGACUCCAUAGAGCGCAUGCAGGUUGUUGCUGCUUUUGCAGUUUCAGCUGUAGCAUCUCAAUGGGAACGGACUGGAAAGCCAUUUAAUCCGUUACUAGGGGAGACUUUUGAACUCACAAGAGAGGAAGAUGGCUACCGAUUGAUCUCAGAGCAGGUGAGCCACCACCCUCCCGUCAGUGCCUUCCAUGCAGAGUCCCUGAAGCAAGAAUUUGCAUUCCAUGGAUCAGUCUACCCCAAACUCACAUUCUGGGGCAAAAGUGUGGAGGCCGUACCAAAAGGCACCAUGACGCUGGAGUUAUUCAAACAUAAAGAAGCAUACACAUGGACCAAUCCAAUGUGCUGCGUGCAUAACGUUAUCAUAGGAAAGAUUUGGAUCGAGCAGUACGGAACAGUGGAGAUUGUAAACCACAGCACAGGAGAAAAGUGUGUGUUGAACUUCAAACCAGGUGGAAUGUUUGGGAAAGAGCUGCACAAAGUGGAGGGACACAUACAAGACAGCAGGAAGAAGAAACGCCGCGUGAUUUAUGGCAAGUGGACCGAGUGUAUGUACAGCGUGGAGCCCAAGGUUUAUGAGGCAUAUAAGAAGUCUGAAAAAAGGGCAGGAGCAGACUCAAAAAAGCUGAAGCAGGAACAUAGUAGUGAAGAUAGGAAUGCAGUUCAUGAGACUGUGACUGUGAUACCAGGAAGUGCCUUACUCUGGAGGAUAUCGCCACGGCCUGCUCACUCGGCACAGAUGUACAACUUUACCAACUUUGCCGUGACGCUGAACGAGCUGGAGCCCGGCAUGGAGCGACUAUUGGCGCCGACCGACUGCCGACAGAGGCCCGACAUCCGAGCCAUGGAGAGAGGAGACAUAGACAUGGCAAGUGCAGAGAAAGAGCGCCUCGAGGAGAAACAGAGGACCGCACGCAGAGAGCGAUCCAGGGAUGAGGAGGAAUGGUCGACCAGGUGGUUCCAGCUCGGAGCCAACCCUCACACUGGCGCAGAGGAUUGGCUAUACAAGGGUGGAUACUUUGCCAGGAACUUUGACGACUGUCCCGACAUUUAUUGACAAUAAAAGAGGUUUGCUCUUGAUUCCUCGCGGUAUCUUAAAGAAUAGUGUGACGUAUUGGACACGUAGCAUUUGAACUGAUCAUGUCUAAUGAUAAAUGCUGCCCAUGGGAAAGGUUCUACUCCGUUUACUUACUCUAGAUGUUGAUCCUAAUAUGCCCUAUCCUCACCUUUGAUGUGCUUUACUAAUAUUCACAGUCUACACAUAUGGUCAGUGUUACAAAGCUGGAAAAAGAUUUAAAUCACCCGUUAAAGCACAGUCUGGUCUCUGUUUAAGUUCAGGUGCUAACCUCCAAUGUUACAUGUAGACAGGAUUCUAAAUUACCUUAGUUUGAGCACCAGACACAAGAUACUUUCUAAAGAAAUAAUUUCCACUAGCCAUUUUUUUGAAAACUUUAGCUCUUUUUAGACUUAAGCGAAUAUUUGCGACCUUGAUUGAAUCCUGAUGAGAACCCAAGGUUUGCUGCCUUCGAACAUAUUUGCAAUUGGAUUUAAGCCCCUAUUCCACUGAGUGGCCAACAUGUUCAAAUUUUCCUUGACAAAAGAAACAUCCCUAAAAGUGUUGGCAAACUUUUUUUCAUCAUACGACCUUGAAUGAGCCCUGACAAACUCUAACGCGAGCGUAUUGGGCGGCGCAAGGUGAUUAUCCCCUACAUAUAAAAUGUCAUUUCCAGUGUGUCUAGCUGGGUUUUCUCCUAGAAGUCUAACAAAACCUGGCACCCACUUGAGCAAAAAUGAGCUGCCUUUCAAAACCCCAAAACAGAUGCCAGAAUGAUGCACGUUCACAACAACAUUCAUCAGGGGGAAAUGCUAACAAAAUUGCUACAUGUAUCACUGGCCAAACUUGCUAGUCAGUUUUUUAUUGUCCGCAUCUGUCAAAAUGGAUUUCAACCCAUUUUGGUGUUUUUGUGGGUAAAGAUUUAGAACCCUGCCAAAUUGUGUUCAAAUAUCAGGGUUUAUUUAAAUGCAUUUUUUGUAAUGCAUAAAAGCCGACUAAUCCGCUCUGAAGGCAUUGUGUUUUCUCCUACUAGCAGCAAACAUGCAAAAAAAAAAAGCUGCUCCAACAAAUUUACUUGCACGAUAAAAUGCUAUUGUUGGGCCCUGAUGUAGUUACUAAUGGGUACAAUUUUUGGCAGGCAUUCAAAGCUGAUCUUUUACACACGUUAAAGCCAUAAAUUGUCUUCUGCGCUGAGGGGAAAUACUGUAUAUAUAUUCAGAUUGACGUUCAAAGCAAAGGAGUCUGAGCAUUUUCCAUUUAACCGAAAGCUGUGACGAUAUUCUAAACUUAUGUACACACAAGAACUUUUAAUUCCGAUUUGAGCGUUAAGACUUUAUCAUUUUUUUCCAGCAACCAAAGUCCUGUGUCAGAACAGGGCCUGAACCUAUGCAAGCUGAUCCAUACAGUCCACCCUUCUGAAAUGUGAAAAAUGUAAACAUUUAUUUCCUCUUGAGCUUUGCACCCAACUGAGUGAACGUGUAUGGAAUAUGAUACGGCACGGUUAUUUUAUUUUUAUUUUUAUUAUGAGCAUUAACAUUGCAUCAAACUGCACAGUAGGCUUACUGUCCUGUGCACAUACUGUUGGUUGGGUGAACAAUGCCUACUUGAGUUCAAAACAUCUUCAACCCUGCAGGCAUUAAAGGUGCAGCAUUCAUUAUGCUUUCUGUUUAUGAUGUCGGUCUAGUUGAGUCGUGAUAUUGUUUGUUCAGUGAUCAUCCCUGUGACAUGAGACACAUCCAGAACCUAGUAUACAUUAAAAUAUGGACUAUGAAAA